AUGUCGAACAUAGAAAAAUAUCGUUUAUCUCGGGAUUAUUCAAUGCCAGCUACAGAGGCAAGAAUUAAUGAAUUGAAGAAAAGGAGAAGAUCCGAAAGAUUGUCUUUAGAAACUACUAAGGAACGUCUCCAAAAAUUUACAGAAAGUCGAAUGCUGAGACAAGAAUUGUUGAAAACGACUCAUCUUCACAUUCUGGAAGUGGCAGCUUUUAUUUUAGAUACUGAAGCUGAUUUUUUAAAAGAGGGAAUUAUUGAUAAGGACGAAUAUGUGAAUAUUUUCAGUAGUUUUUUUAGAGAAGGUGGAAGAAAAGCUAUUCUUAUUUGUCUUCAGCCAAUGCCACCUCCGGAAUUUGAGUCAGGCCGAUGGACCCCAGAACUUGCAAAAGAAAAAGAAGUUCUGCGAUGUGUUAUAACUGAUGGAAAGACGGAAAAAUUUUGUGGAAAAUGCGUCAUAGUUUAUCGCUUGCGAAAUGACGUUAACUUUGAAAUGAAAGAAUUACUGGAAGAAACCUAUUUUGCUUAUAUGGAAGUGGAUCCAAUUUCAAAAUGUGCCCUUUCAGCCGUUUCUGAAUUUAUAUCUCGAUUGCAUAAACGAAACGUAAUUGGUAAUAUUGACUGGGGAGAUUUAAUUAAGACAGAGGCGGGUCGAAAAGCUAAGGACAAUUUCAUUGGUGAUUUUGUCGAUUUUUGUAACUUUCUGAACAUGACUAAGAUUGACUUGGAUAAUAUUUUUAAAUUUUCGAUUGACUGGCAUACUUACAAUAAAUGUUUGUCAACGCCAGAAGACUUCGAGCGAUGUAGCAAAAGUUUCGAAACUUUUUCAGCAGUUGAAGACAAUGUUAAGGCAUGGAUGAAAAUUAUGGAAAGGGCUAUUGUUGAAAGCGAGCAAUUGCGAAGAGAGACAGAAACAGUCGGACCAUCUGAGGAACUUACAUAUUGGAGAAGAAAGUUAGCUCGUUUUUCUGCUAUUGUCGAACAUAUAAAAUUGCCUGAAACGCAAAAGUUUAUUCAAUUUCUCGAAAAAACGAAAUCAAAAUUAUUAAAGAAAUGGAAAAAACUGGAAAAUGAAAUUAUGACAGUUCAAAUAUUGUCUCAGGAUAACGUGAAGUAUUUAUAUGCCUUAAAAAAAUUUAGCCAGCCUUUGUAUAGAUUAGAUCCAACGAAAAUUGGUGACUAUUUACCAGCACUUUUGUAUGCAAUUCGCAUGAUUUAUUCGACCUCUCGAUUUUUUAAUACAAGGCGAAUGGUUACUGCCGUAUUUGUUAAGAUAACAAAUCAAAUGAUCUUGUCUUGUAAAGCAUAUCUAAAUGAAAAUGGGAGCCUGAACAUUUGGGAAGAUUCAAAAGCAGCACUAAUUCUUAGAAUGAAGGUUUGCAUUAAACUCGGUGAUCGAUAUUUUGAGUGCUACAAUGAAAUGCGAAAAAAAGUGAAGGAAUCCGCAGAAGAAAAUUUAUUUGAAGUUUCGGAGAUGUACAUCUUUGGCAAAUUUAAUACUUUCAAAGACAGGCUGCAUAAACUCAUUGACGUACUUGAAACGACUCUCAUGUACUCAAUUUUGCAAAGUUCAGCCAUCGAGGGCAUAGACGUUUUUUCCAACAAAUUUACGAAUUUUUUUGAUAAAAUAGUUUCACAAAGUUACGAUCCCCUGGAUCACAGGAAACCUUAUUUCGAGUCUGAUUAUGCUGAAUUUAAGAAAAAUGUCGCCCAAACGGAAGACGAGCUACGAAAAUUUUUUUUCAAAACUGUUUCAGAAGUCCCAAACAUAACUCAAGCAUUACAAUUAGUUGCUAGGUUUGAAAAAUUGAAUUUCAAAAUUUUGAAUAUCGACCGGAAAUAUUUGGAACUUGUUUCGUCUUAUGAAAAAGAAGUUGCAGAAGUAAGAGAUAGAUAUAAUGAAAAUCGAUUAAUGCCACCUCUUCCUCGAGACAUUCCACCAAUUGCUGGUCGAAUUUCGUGGAUUCGACAACUAUACAGACACAUUGAGACUCCGAUGGAAAUUUUUAAAAAACGUGAACGAGUCAUCAAUCAUGAAAAAAUGCAAAGAGUCAUCAAAAUAUAUAAUGCACUAAUUGGGGUUUUUAUCCACUACGAACUGAUACACCACAAAGCGUGGUACGAUUCAGCGGAUAUAGUUCGUUUGGCCUUAACCUCGCCUCUACUAGUACGAAAUCCAAAGACGAACAAGUACACGAUAAAUUUUGACCCUUAUGUAGUAGAAGUUAUUCGAGAAUCAGAACACAUGUUGAGAUUUGGACUAGAUGUUCCCGAUUUUAUAAAAAUCAUAAUGUGCUGUAAAGAAAAAAUUUUUGGAUCAUUUGAAACAGUUAAAACGCUGGUAGCCGACAACGAUAAAUUAAGACGCUCCAUUCCACUUCUGUUUUUGAAUUUAAUGAAGCCUUCCUUUGUAAAAGUGGAAGUGGCUUUCCAACCUUGUUUAUCAGUCGUAACAUGGGCUUCCUUAAAACUUUCGGAAGUUUGCGACGAUAUAAGAGAUACCCUGCAAGAUGUUGACGUUUUUGUUAAAGGAGUGAAAGACAUGAAGGAAGCAAGAGUUGACAAAGUUUUCGAAGCUAUAGUAAAAACACCAUUAAUAAAAUUGGAAAAUCAUCCCCUCCUUCCCAUUCAAUUCUUCGAAUCUAAUGUCACCUAUAAAAAUUCGAUUGCAAUCGAAUUGGAAAUAAAAUCUGCUGCAGCAGAAAAAUCAGUUGUAAAUAUUGUAAAUAAAUUUAUGAAAUUGAUUACUGAUCCAAGUGUGAAGGAAAGCAAGUAUGAUUGGCUGGAUCCUAAAAAACUCAAUAAGCCAGUCGGGUCUCUCACCAAACUUACGAAAGACGUUUACGAACCUGACAGAAAAAUAGAGCGAUAUAUGAGCAGUUUGGGUCGUGGAGUAUGUGAGGAACACAAUUUAUGCUCGAAAAAGUCGCCUCUGAGCAUAAGCGGAGUAAAUAUCACGCGAGAAAAAAAAAACCUUUUUGUAGGCUUCCAUCACACUCUUAAAGUUCUACAAAAAGUAGAACUGACUUUUUUUGUCUCAGACAGAGAAAUAGAGAAAUUUAUGACAGAAUGGUUCGUGGGUAUCUCGCUAAGGGAAAAUGCAGCCGAAGGAGAAGCACCUUUAUUUAUAACAAACUUCGUAUUUCAAAUACCAAAUAUUGAAAUAUCACCAAAUAUUGAAGAAAUACAAAAUUAUUUUGCAAAAGUAGUAACAAAUGUCAUAGAGACUCACAAAGGUAUAACAAUGUGGGGUCAGCAAAUAUUGAGUUUUACAAUUUUUCAAUUAGCUGAGUCCAAUCCAAAUUUGCGAAAUUAUCAUCCAAUUAUCGCUGAUCAUAAAGAAAUUGUUCGUUGUACACUUGGUUUGCAAGGAGCAAUUCAUAUGCUGAAAGAGGAUAUAGGAUUUUUAGCCAAAAAAUAUUUGUGCUAUUCGUAUCUUUGGGCAGAAGAUAGAGACGCUCAGCUGCAGACUUUCGUAGAAUCCAAGCCAAUUACUCAAGAAAUAAAAGAAAAAUUUUCUGAAUUUGAAAAUUUAUUCACGGAAAUAGACCAGCUUCCCGAACAUCAUAUUGUGGGUCCUAUACAAAUUAAUAUGGAAAAAUUGAAAUUCGCUCUCAUGGUGGAGGCUCGUGCUUGGAAAAAGUCCUUGGGUGUGAUUCUUUCGAAAACUUUCAAGCAAAAGUUAAAAAAAAUUACUGAUUAUAUCAGAGAUAAAAAUAAAAUUCUAGCUAGAAAUAUUAAGGAUUUAGAGGAUGUGAGAGUUGCAAUGAAAUGUCUGGGACAAAUUCGUGAUGAUUUUAUAGAUUUGGAUAUGGAAUUAAUUUUAGUAGAGGAAACUUAUGCUUUAAUGGGAAAAUUCCGCAUCGAAUUUUCAAAAGAAGAACAAGGAACAUUGGACAGGCUUCGUUAUAAUUUUUCAAAUAUGAUACAGAAAGCUAAACAAGUUCAAGAGACCAUAUGUGAUAUGCAAGAGCCAUUAAAAACAGAAUUAAUCAAUGGCGUAGAUAUUUUCAAAAAAGACGUGACAGAGUUCGACAUGGAUUUUGAGCAAAAUGGGCCAAUGGUUGAAGGAUUACCAGCAAAAGAAGCCAGUGAUAGAAUGUUAUUGUUUCAAGUUCGAUUUGAUGACUUAUGGAUAAGGUAUCAGACCUUAAGCAGUGGCGAAAUCUUAUUUGGUAUCAUACAGACUGAAUAUCCAAUCCUGGAACAACGAAAAAGAGAAUUAAAUCUUUUGCAAAAAUUGUACAAUUUAUAUUUGCAAGUGAAUCAGGCAAUAGAUGGUUACUUUGUCUUGCCCUGGUCCGAAGUUGACACUGACGUUAUCAUUUCUGAACUCGCUGAUUUCCAGAAUAGGUGUCGAAAAAUGCCAAAAGGAAUGAGGGAGUGGCCAGCCUACAUAGAUUUAAAAAAGAAAAUUGACGAUUUCAACGAAACUUGUCCAUUAUUGGAAAUGAUGGCAAAUAAAGCAAUGAAGGAUCGACACUGGGAAAGAAUGUCAAAACUUUGUAACUACUUUUUUGACAUAGAAUCUGAGAGAUUUACUUUGGCCGAUGUGAUGAAUGCUCCUUUGUUAAAAUACAAGGACGACGUGGAAGACAUAUGCAUAAGUGCAGUAAAAGAAAGAGAAAUAGAAAGCAAAUUGAGGCAGGUGAUAGCUGAUUGGGCUAUUGUUGAUUUGCAAUUUUCACAAUUUAAACAAAGGGGAGAAUUAUUGCUAAAAGGUACAGAAACUGGUGAAAUAAUUGCUUUACUCGAAGACAGUUUGAUGAUUAUGAGUUCACUCAUAGCUAACCGAUAUAAUAUGCACUUUAAAAAAGAAAUUCUAUUGUGGCAAAUGAAGUUGAGUAAUACUUCGGAAAUAUUGGCCAAGUGGCUAAAUGUCCAAAGUCUGUGGGCUUACCUUGAAGCCGUUUUUAUCGGAGGUGAUAUUUCCAAACAAUUACCUGCUGAAGCAAGACGAUUUGACAAUAUUGAUAAAUCUUGGGUCAAAUUGAUGAAUCAUGCACAUGAAAAAUUGAAUGCAGUAGAAACCUGCACUGGAGAUGAAACUAUGGGUCAAAUGUUGCCAUAUUUAUUAGAACAGUUAGAAUCCUGUCAAAAAUCACUCAGUGGAUAUUUGGAAACGAAAAGAGUCACUUUCCCAAGAUUUUGUUUCAUAUCCGAUCCGAGUUUAUUGGAAAUUCUAGGACAAGCAGCUGAUUCUCAUAGCAUUACAAAAUAUCUCGACGGCUUCUUCGACAACAUUGGUAAAUUAGAUUUCGACGAGAAACAAUACGAUAGGAUCGUCAGCAUGUAUUCUCGUGAGGGAGAGAAAAUUGCACUUGAAAAAGACGUUAUUUGCAUAGGAGGUGUUGAAAAUUGGCUGAACACUUUGCUGCAAGUGCACCGAUUUUCUGUUGGAUCUGUGAUUUCACAAGGCCUGCAAACCCUUGCAUCUCCGGACACUGAUCUUUUGUCACUUAUAGACAACUCUGUUUUACAGGUUGGGCUUCUAUCUUUGCAAGUUUUAUGGACACGUGAUUCUGAGAUUGCUUUAGUGACUUCCAAACGUGAUAAGCAUAUAAUGAAAAGAACGAAUCAAUGGUUCCUGGAUCUAUUAAAUCGCCUAAUUGAAGUCACUGUUAAAGAUUUGACAAAAUAUGCAAGAGCUAAGUAUGAAGCUCUUAUAACAAUUCAUGUUCAUCAAAGGGAUAUUUUCGAUGAACUAUUUCGUCUUAGAAUCAGAAGUAUACAAGAUUUCGAAUGGCUUAAACAAGCUAGAUUUUAUUACGACGCAGAAUCUGAAGAAGUUCCCAUCGGAAUCACAGAUGUUAAAUUUAUUUACCAAAAUGAGUUUUUGGGAUGCACUGAUCGUCUCGCCAUUACACCGUUGACAGAUAGGUGUUACAUAACACUUUCCCAGGCAAUUGGAAUGUAUUUUGGAGGUGCUCCUGCUGGCCCUGCUGGUACUGGAAAAACCGAAACAGUAAAGGACAUGGGUAAAGCUCUUGGAAAAUAUGUUGUUGUAUUCAACUGCUCUGACCAAAUGGAUUUUCGAGGACUCGGAAGAAUAUUUAAGGGACUGGCCCAAGCUGGUGCAUGGGGCUGUUUCGACGAAUUCAAUCGAAUUGAUCUCCCCGUUUUAUCAGUAGCUGCCCAACAAAUUGCAAUUGUUCUGAAUACAAGAAGAGAAAAGAAGACGUCAUUUCUUUUCAGUGAUGGAGAAACAUAUCCUAUUGACUAUGAAUUUGGAAUAUUUAUAACUAUGAAUCCUGGAUAUGCGGGUCGUCAAGAAUUGCCCGAAAAUUUGAAAAUACAAUUUAGAACUGUGGCCAUGAUGGUUCCGGACAGACAGAUAAUUAUGAGAGUGAAACUCGCAGCUUGUGGGUUUAAAGAAAAUAUUCUUCUCUCAGGAAAAUUUUUUACUCUUUAUAAACUUUGUGAAGAGCAACUUAGUAAGCAAGUCCAUUAUGAUUUUGGUCUGAGAAAUAUUUUAUCAUGUUUACGUACGAUGGGUGCCCAAAAACGUGAACAUCCGGGAGAAUCUGAAGAAACUGUCUUGAUGAGAGUCUUGAGGGACAUGAAUUUAUCAAAACUGGUCGAUGAAGAUGAGCCACUUUUUAUUUCUCUUAUCCAGGACAUGUUUCCAGAAAUUAAACUAUCAGUACAGUCUUACAAAGAUUUACAAAAAGCAAUUGCUAAUGCCACAGUGAGCCUCGGAAUUAUGAAUCACCCCGAAUGGAAUUUAAAAGCUAUUCAAUUGUACGAAACUUCACUUGUACGUCAUGGGCUGAUGGUCUUGGGCCCAACUGGAUCAGGAAAAACACGAUGUAUGUGGGCUCUAAUGAGAGCAAUGACAGAAUUGGGUGCUCCACACAAAGAAGUCAGAAUGAAUCCCAAGGCAAUAACUGCAUCACAAAUGUUUGGAAAAUUAGACGUAGCAACAAAUGAUUGGACUGAUGGAAUUUUUUCAACCUUGUGGAGAAGAUCUACCCAGAUAAAGAAAACCGAAAAUUUAUGGAUUGUUUUGGAUGGUCCUGUAGAUGCUGUUUGGAUUGAAAAUUUGAACUCUGUUUUGGACGAUAACAAAACUUUGACAUUAGCGAAUGGUGAUCGUAUAAUAAUGGCCCCAAAUAGCAAACUGGUUUUCGAACCAGAUAAUGUUGACAAUGCAUCACCUGCAACUAUUUCAAGAAUGGGGAUGGUGUUUGUUAGCGCCUCGGUGUUAAAAUGGAACCCUAUUUUAGAGGGCUGGCUGAAAAAACGACCAAACGAAGCAGAACUCUUUCGAACAUUGUUUAAAAAAAUUUACGACGAUGCACAUGCAUUUGUGCAAACAAAGUUGACAGAAAAAAUGACUCUUGUAGAAGCCAUCUAUAUUCGACAGUGCCUCGAUUUACUUGAAGGAUUGCUUACCUUAGAUGCACCAAAAACUUUUUCGGAAUCACAUUUAGAAAAAUUCUUUUUAUUUUCUUUAAUGUGGAGUUUGGGUGCAGUAUUAGAACUUGAUGGUCGAGCAACACUGCAAGAAUUUUUGGUCACUCAUCCAUCAAAAUGUGAUUGGCCAAAAUGCAAGGUCGAUGAAACGAUAUUUGAAUUUCUUGUAUCAGAUAAAGGAUACUGGAUUCAUUGGAAUGAGAAAGUUCCUGAGUUUGAAUAUCCAGUUGAGGAUGUCCUUCAAUAUUGUAAUAUUUUAGUUCCUAAUGUUGAUAAUACAAGAACUUUAUUCUUGAUGAAUGUAAUUGCUAAACAAGACAAAGCUGUUCUCUUAAUUGGUGAACAGGGAACAGCAAAGACUGUUAUGAUCAAAAGCUAUAUGUCUAAAUUCAAUCCUGAAUACCACAUGAACAAGUCCUUCAAUUUCUCAUCCGCAUCCACUCCUAACAUGGUUCAGCGUAUAUUUGAGAGUUACGUAGAAAAACGUGUUGGAACAACUUAUGGGCCUCCUGGGGGUAGAAAAAUGACAAUAUUUAUUGACGAUAUAAACAUGCCUGUUAUAAACGAAUGGGGAGAUCAGGUGACAAAUGAAAUAAUUCGUCAAUUAAUGGAAUAUAAAGGAUUUUAUUCAUUGGAUAAACCAGGCGAUUUUUCUACAUUGCAAGAUAUAAUGUUAAUGGCUGCAAUGAUUCAUCCUGGUGGUGGAAGAAAUGACAUUCCACCUCGAGUGAAGAGGCAGUUCAAUAUUUUUAAUUGUACUUUACCUUCCGAUAAGUCUAUGGACACUAUAUUCAGUUCUAUAGGGGAAGGAUAUUUCAACAACUUCAGAUUUCCAGAAGUUAUAGUAGAAUUUCUUCCAAAAUUAAUACCCAUGACGAGAAUAUUAUGGCAGAAAACAAAAGUUAAAAUGCUUCCAACGCCAGCCAAGUUUCAUUACGUUUUUAAUUUGAGAGAUUUAUCUCGAAUUUGGGAAGGUAUUCUUAGGAUAGAAAAGGCAGAAUGUACUUCUAUUACAAUGCUUUUGAAACUAUGGGAACACGAAUGUACAAGAGUGAUUUCAGAUAGGUUCAUAGAUUAUAAAGAUAAAAUUUGGUUUAAAAAAACAUUACAACAGACAGCUGAACAGCUUUUAGGUCCAGAUUUUCGUCAUUACUCUCCCACUGAAACUUACUUUGUAAAUUUCUUACGGGAACCUCCAGAACCAACUGGUAAUGAACCAGAUGAUUUUGUUCUUGAAGCCCCAAAAAUUUACGAAGAAAUUCCAAGCUACGAUUUUGUGAUCGCAAAAGUACGCCAGUUCAUGGAACAAUUUAAUGAAUAUAUUCGAGGAAUGCAAUUGGAUUUAGUCUUCUUUCAUGAUGCCUUAGUGCAUCUAUUAAGAAUAUCGAGAAUUUUGGGCGUGCCAAGAGGGAAUGCUCUGCUUGUUGGAAUUGGUGGAUCUGGAAAACAAAGUCUGACUCGUCUUGCAUCAUUUAUUGCUGGUUUCGACUUUUUCCAAAUUGUUCUUACAAGGAGUUACAAUGUGGGAAGUCUGAUGGAUGAUUUGAGAAAAGUAUACCGAAUGGCAGGAACUGGAGCAAAAGGAAUAACUUUUAUUUUUACGGAUAACGAAAUAAAAGACGAAGCUUUUCUUGAAUAUCUAAAUAACGUUCUAAGUGUUGGCGAAAUUGCAAAUCUCUUUCCUAAAGAUGAAUUGGACGACAUUUUGACCACAGUUACUCCUCUCAUGAAACACGAUGAGCCUAGAAGACCACCUACUCAGGACAACUUGUAUGACUAUUUCUUAACUAGAUCAAGAAAUAAUUUGCACAUUGCACUUUGCUUUUCCCCGGUUGGUGAAAAGUUUAGAUCUCGAUCUCUAAAAUUUCCUGGGCUUAUAUCAGGUUGUACAAUGAAUUGGUUUUCGAGAUGGCCGAAAGAUGCUUUAUGUGCUGUCAGUGAACACUUUUUAGGAAAAUAUCAAGUCAUUUGCUCACCUGAAAUUAAGCGAGAAUUAAUUGAAGUAAUGGGCGAUGUUCAGGAUCACGUUAGUGAUACCUGUACAGACUAUUACAAUAGAUUCCGCAGGCAAUCAUACGUUACCCCAAAAUCAUUUUUGUCGUUUAUCAAUGGAUAUAAAAUAAUUUACAAACAACGACUUGACAAUAUAAAUGUGCUGGCUUUUCGUAUGAGCAACGGUUUGAAAAAAUUAGUAGAUGCUGCUGCACAGGUUGACGAUCUUCGAAAAGUCCUCGAAAAAAAUCAAGCGGAAAUUGCUGUUAAAAAUAUCCAAGUGGAAGCUAUUCUUGUCACAGUAAAUGAGAAAAAAAGAGACGCAGAAACAGUGAAAGCUCAAGUUCAAACUUCGAAAGAACAGGCAGAAGCUCUACUGAAAAUUAUUUCUAAGGAAAAAUCUAUUGCAGAGAAAAAAUUGAAAGCUGCAGAACCAGCUUUACUCGAGGCUGAAGCUGCACUUCAAACGAUAAAAGCAACUGAUAUUUCCACUGUACGAAAAUUGGCCAAACCUCCGUAUUUGAUAACGCUCAUCAUGGACUGUGUCAUUAUAUUAUUUGGAAGAAAGUUGGAUCCGGUUAAGCCAGAUUUAGAAAGACUUUUUCUGACGUCGUCCUGGGGGGAAGCUUUAAAGGUUAUGGCAGAUACAAGAUUUUUGUACCAUCUACAACAAUUUCCAAAAGACAAUAUCAACGGAGAAACAGUAGAUUUGAUGCAACCAUAUUUAAAUUAUCCUUUGUAUACUUAUGAUGCAGCAAAAACAGCUUGCGGAAAUGUUGCUGGUCUAAUAUCUUGGACAAUAGCUAUGGUCAAAUUCUAUGGAAUAAAUAAAGACGUUUUACCCCUCAAGGCAAAUUUGGCAGUUCAACAAGGAAAACAUGACAGAGCAAAUCAAAAUUUGCAACAAGCUGAAGCAUUGUUAAAGGAAAAGGAUGAAGAAUUGAAGCAAGUGCAGAAGGAAUUUGAUGCUGUCAUGAGCGAGCGUCAAAAAGUUGUUGAUCUGGCUAAUGCUUGUGAAGCAAAAAUGAAUGCUGCAACGUCAAUGAUUGACGGUCUUUCUGGAGAAAGGAUUCGAUGGAUUGAUCAAUUGGCUAUGUUUAAAUCUGAAACAGAUAGACUUAUAGGGGAUGUGCUAAUUUUGACUGGGUUUUUAUCAUAUUGUGGACCCUUCAAUCAAGAAUUUCGAAUCCUCUUGCAGAAGAAAUGGUUUGAUUUCCUACAAAGCAGAAAAAUUCCUGUUUCAAUGAAAAUGAGUAUUAUUAACUCCUUAACAGACACCGCAACAACGGGUGAAUGGAACCUGCAAGGAUUACCAAAUGACGAACUCUCAAUACAAAAUGGUAUUAUUGUCACUAAAGCUUCGAGGUAUCCACUUUUGAUUGAUCCACAACUUCAGGGAAAAGCUUGGAUAAAGAAUAAAGAAAGGGAAUUUGAGUUACAGCUAACAUUGCUCACACACAAAUACUUCAGAAAUCAUUUAGAAGAUUGUGUUUCUCUUGGACGACCAAUUUUAAUCGAAGAUGUAGAAGAAGAAUUAGAUCCUGUCCUGGAUAACUUAUUAGAAAAAAAUUUCAUAAAAAUAGGAACUUCUCUAAAGGUCAAAUUAGGUGACAAAGAAGUUGAUAUUCAUGAUGACUUUAGAUUAUACAUCACUACAAAAUUACCAAAUCCUUCUUAUCCUCCUGAAAUAUUUGCUCGUACCUCUAUCAUUGAUUUUACUGUGACUAUGAAAGGAUUGGAGGACCAACUAUUAGGUAGAGUAAUUUUGUCUGAAAAGCAAGAACUAGAAACAGAGAGGACUGAACUUUUAACAGACGUAACACUGAAUCAAAGGAAAAUCAAAGAAUUGGAAGCUAACUUACUCCAUAAGCUAACAACUGUUAAAGGACCGUUAAUAGAAGACGUGGAACUGAUGGCCGUUUUAAACAACGCACGAGAAACUGCAACUGAAGUUAAUGAAAAGUUAACAAUUGCAAAAGAUACUGAAAUUAAAAUCAACUUAGCCAGAGAGGAAUUUCGACCAGUAGCAACUAGGGGUAGUGUCCUCUACUUUUUGAUUUGUGACAUGGCACAAGUCAACGUCAUGUAUCAAACUUCACUUGCUCAAUUUUUGGAGAGGUUUGAUAUAUCCUUAGACAGAUCAGAAAAGAGCCCUGUGAACAUGAGAAGGAUAGGCUACAUUAUAGAAUAUCUUACCUUCGAAAUAUUUAAGUACAAAGCCAGAGGACUUUAUGAAAAUCACAAAUACAUGUUUAGUGUUUUGAUGACUCUGAAGAUUGAUCUUCAAAGAGGCGCUAUUUCUCAUGACGAAUUUCAGUAUUUCAUCAAAGGUGGCGCUGCUCUUGAUUUGAAGGCAGUUGAACCAAAACCAUAUAAAUGGAUCACUGAUGUUGUUUGGCUGAAUUUAGUGGCUCUCUCUUCUUUAAGACAAUUUCAGAAUAUUGUUAAUCAAGUUUCCUCCUCGGAAAAAGCCUGGAAGUUUUGGUUUAAUAAGGAUGCCCCAGAGGAGGAAGUUAUUCCUGAAGGUUAUAAUAACUUGGACACGUUUCGUCGUCUUCUAAUAAUAAGAGCUUGGUGUAUGGACAGAACACUUUCCCAGUCAAGAAAAUAUAUAGCUGGUUCCUUGGGUUCAAAAUAUGCGGAACCUGUUAUAACUUUAUUAGAUGGAAUGCUUUCUGAAUCAAGACCAGACACACCAAUGAUGUGCUUUUUAAGUAUGGGCUCAGAUCCUACACCCAGUAUUGAACAGCUUGCUAAAAAAAUGGAGAUCAAAUGCAAAAGUAUUUCUAUGGGUCAAGGCCAAGAAGUGCAUGCUAGGAAAUUGUUAUCUAGUGCAAAGACUGAGGGAUUCUGGGCGCUUUGUCAGAAUUGCCACUUGGGUCUCGAUUACAUGGCGGAACUAGUAAAUUUUAUUUUGGAAAUGGAAACACCUCAUCCCGACUUCCGAAUCUGGAUAACAACUGAACCACACAAUGAUUUUCCUAUUUCCCUGUUACAAAUGUCGAUUAAGUUCACAUACGAACCUCCUCAAGGAAUCAAGGCAGGUUUACUUGCAACUUACAGUUCAAUGAAUCAGGAAAUGUUAGACCAAUGUGAUGUUCCAGAGUUCAUACCAUUAGUGUACACAGUUUCAUUUUUGCACACUGUUUUACAAGAGCGUCGAAAAUUUGGUCCCUUGGGGUGGAAUAUUCCUUACGAAUUUAACUCUGCUGAUUGGCUUGCGUCCUGUAUGUUUAUGAACAAUCAUUUGAAUGAUACUGAUUCGAAGAUAGGAAUCAGCUGGUCGACUGUGAGGUACAUGAUUGGUGAAGUGCAGUAUGGAGGUCGUGUGACUGACGAUUAUGAUAAAAGACUUUUGAACACUUUUGCAAAAGUGUGGUUUGCAGAAGCAAUCUUUUCGGAAGGAUUUAUUUUCUAUAAAGGUUAUCCAGUUCUUAACUAUAAACUAGUCAGUGAUUACUUGAAAGCCAUAGACGCCAUGGCUGGCGUUGAUCCACCUCAGGCUUAUGGUCUUCAUCCAAAUGCAGAUAUAACCUAUCAGAGUAAUACAACCCAACAAGUUUUGGAUACAAUAAUAUCAGUGCAACCUAAGGAAGCAGGAAGUGGCGGAGGUGAAUCUCGAGAAGCUUCGGUGGCCAGACAGUCUAAAGAAAUGUUGAGCAAAUUGCCACCUGCUUAUGAUCCCUACGGAGUGAAAACCAGAUUACAAAUUAUGGGAGCUACAGCUCCAAUGAAUAUUUUUCUGAAGCAGGAAAUAGACAGAAUACAAAUAGUGAUUAAACUCGUUCGAACAACAUUAAAAGAUUUGCUGCUCGCUAUAGAAGGAGUUAUUAUUAUGAAUGAGGAAUUAAGGAAUGCUUUGGAUAAUAUUUAUGAUGCCAGAAUACCAAAAGUUUGGAAAUCUCGCUCCUGGGAGUCAUCUACACUUGGAUUUUGGUUUACGGAAUUACUUGAGAGAAAUCACCAAUUUUCCACUUGGCUCACUGGUGGACGUCCUGCGAAAUUUUGGAUGACAGGAUUUUUUAAUCCUCAAGGGUUCCUCACGGCUAUGAAACAGGAAGUGACGAGAGCUCACAAGGGUUGGGCCCUCGAUAAUGUUACUCUUCAUAAUGAAGUCACAAAACAGGCCACUGAAGUGGUCAGGUCACCGCCUAAAGAAGGAGUUUUUGUUUAUGGACUUUUGUUAGAAGGUGCAGGAUGGGACUUGAGAAAUAAUAGAUUACGGGAAUCUAUAAAUAAAAUUUUAUACGUGAUGAUGCCCGUAAUACACAUUUUUGCCCUCUAUAAUACACCAGAUAAAAAUCCAAAACUGUAUCAGUGCCCCGUUUACAAAAAACCGAUGAGAACAUACGUUUUAUUGGUAACACCCCUUUGGCUGCAAACAAUCAGAACCCCAGAAUUUUGGGUAAUUCGAGGAGUGGCAUUGCUCUGUGAUAACAAGUAGUUUGAUUAAUAAUUU